GCAUAUCCCCGCCUACGUCAGCACCAAAACAAACCGGCGCAGUAGACGCCGGUACUUUGUUUACAUCGACGACUAGGUUACAGCUGAUUGCAAGUCCUCAAGCAAUUUCGCUUUUGCUGGCAACUGUUUGAUUAUUCUCUGGAUAUUUUUUAGUUUGAAUUGUCUACUGUUCUAAAGGAUUGGUGAAUUCUUGUUCGAAUGCCCAAACAUUCAAGAUGUUUGGCAACAAGAGACUCGCGAAGAGGUCGAUUAUUGGGACCAGAGUAAGCGCUUUGUGGUCGCAAGAUGGCCGUUUUUACCCCGCGAUUAUACAGUCCCAGGUGUCGGAAGAGACGAUCACGUCCAGAGCCGUCUAUGCCGUCAGAUUUGACGAUGGGAGUACCCAGCAUGUGAAAUCUCGAAAUGUGAUAGGUCCUGGGUUCCAGUCCGUCACUGCUGCCUCUUUGAAUCGAGGACAAAAGGUCUUCCUAACCCUGAAUGGCCGUGAAGUUUGUGGCACAGUUUCAUGCCAUGACCGUGAUCUCGACGAAGUGUUGGUAAAUGUAAAGACUCCCAAUGGAGAAGAAUUUACCACAGCCCGUCGCCAGGAAGAUGUUCGUCUUCUUGAGAGUAGGAAAUCUGCUCGUUUGGAGAGCCAGCCAAAUACCGAUUACUCGAAAUUAGCAGACUUGCAGCUCACAGAGUUUGGUAGGCGUCGAGUUCCUUCACACGUCAUUGAUGUGCCAUCAACAUCACAAGACAAAAAUGAUCGUUUCCGCCGUCAACGACACACCAGUGGGGACAGAACUGACAGCGAAUACGGAGAUUUCGAUGAAGUGGAAAUGAUGGAUGAAACCAUUGCAGCUAUGGUCUUGACUUCCUUAUCGGUCAGUCCCAAAUCGCCAACGAUGCCAACAUCAUUUAUUAACAAAGAGGUCUCAGGCGACCCGCAUACGCCAUACCCAGAUUCACACUUGUCUAGUAGUGUGGCCAGUAGUGGAUUUUACAGCGGUCACUCUGAACGAGAUGACCACUCUCCUCCUCUGGCUCCUCUCAGUGAGAGUGCCCCGGCUUGUGUAGGUUUCCCCAACCCACCCCAUUCAGAUGAUGACAGCUCAGGCAGCUCUGGACGUCUGCUUAUUUGUGAGGAAGAAAAUGCGGUAUCGUUUCGCUGUACCUGGAGGGGGUGUGACCACACCAGCUGUACCAGUGACGCUAUGGAGAGGCACAUCAGGAGGGCACACUUCGACCGCGACAGUGACUUGGAGAUGACGGACAAUGAGGAAGAAUUUCACUACACUGAAGUCGACGUCUCCUCUCAGUCCAUUUCCACUAUGACACGGUCCUUCGCCGCGAUGAACACAUCUUCACCUCAGGAACACACUACAUUUGGGCCCCGCCAGAGACACAUCAGUGCUGAUAAUGUCAGUAGCGACAAUGCAGGGGGCAUGGCGAUAAAGGACACGGGGCACGGCAUGCGGGGUGAUGGAGGAGUGUUUGACCACGACUACCAGAGAAAGAUGUCGAAACACUCACAGUCCAGUUCCAACGUGAGCAGCGAGUCUCAAGGCCAAGGUCAAGCCUCCAGCUUGCCCAUCAGCAUCUCUCAAGGCCAGAUCCAGAAGUCACUGUCGUGGCAGAUUCAUUCCUCAUCUCCCGGUGCUCUGGUAUCCCCAACUGGACGGCACAGCAAACUGACCCCACAAGAGCGACUGUUCCAACAUCAGGCUCAGUCUCCCAAAUCGAACGUGGCACCUACAACUGUCAAGGUCACCCAGCACCGCCGGCCUCGCAGCGAGGUGCGUAAGUGUCGUAAAGUCUACGGCAUGGAGCACCGUGACCAGUGGUGCACACAGUGCAAAUGGAAGAAGGCGUGCACCAGAUUCAUUGACUGAGGGAAUUUGGGCAAAGUUUUUUGGUGAUUUUUUUUUUAUUUGGUAAAAAGGUUGUCGUAAAAUUACCUCUCUGAGGAGGUAUAACUUUGUCCUGUCUGGACAGACUUGGUUUAAAAUCCUGUUUGAAAAAAAGAUGCCGAUUACUCAAGGGAAGAUCGUUUAAGAAAACUCCCGUCUGCUCACCUGGUUGUGCAUGGGCAUCAGAUGCGAAGAUUGGAAGCAAAGAAGCAAGCGGACACACCUCACAGGACGACACAGGACACACCCACAACACGGCAGUCAGACCAGCAGACCGUGAUGACUGUCCGGUGCGAUCGAUCCAUUAUGGCAGCAUCUAAAUACAUGUAAUAAAACAAAAUGGCAGCAAACAAUGACUCCUAUCGCACGUGGAUUUUAAAAAAUGCUGAUCUCCAAAUCGAGUCCCGACUCCUGUACGUCGUUAUGCACGACCUUUUCACUGAGUGAUGGUUGUGGGUACAGCGCGAUCUGUGAUGGGCUUCCAGGCCUGAUACAAAGAAGGUGUGCCCGGCCACCGGGCGCCCUGAAGGAAAGCUGUGAUCCUUACAGAGGAGCUGCUGAAAUCCUCCAGGGAAAUAUGGCGUCGGUUAUCGCGCCGCCUCAUUGCUGAGUCCAAUUGGACCAAAGCACCAUGAUGCAGCAACUUCUUCGAAAGUCUUUGCAUUGUAUCCAGAAAGAUAUUCUUGCACGUCCCUUCAUCUACAUGGGACUCCAACAAUUGUACCGGUAAUACAAAGUCCAAAACCUCCAACAUUUUCAGCAAAAGUUCUGAAAUAUCUGGAGGUAUGGCACAGUGAACUCUUUCACACUGUACUUUAGUUGCUGAGCGGAAACUUGUUUUAAGAGUUUCGAAACAGAAGUGUAAAAAUUAAAAGGGGUGUGUAAAUCUGUUUUUCCUGCAAGCUCGCUUUUCCUUUGUUCAGAAAUGGAAUAAGUUCUGUUUUCUCUGAGAAUUUUUUUUCUUUGAAUGUAUUAUAACGUCUGUUGAAUGUACUAUAGUGUCUGUGUGUUUUAUGUGUGUUGUAUUGUGGUGAAAUCAGGCAUCGGAAUAAUUAGUUGAAGAAACCAACGUUCUUACUCCGCUGGAUAAUUUGUAUCUAUUUUAUUCGUUUUUUUUUGGCUCAAUCCUUUUUAUAUCCAUGUAAAAGACAUUUUAGUGUGCGUUUAACUGAAAAACAUUUGGGAAAAAAUGGGGAAAGUUGAAGUUUCCAAGGAUUUUUCAAGUUUUGGAAUUCACUAAACAUGUGUUGGCCAUUUUUCUUACUAAUUUUAUCUCUGACACCAGGCACCCCCUGGUCCCACUUCAAUUGCAAAUGUCUCGAUGUCUAUUCAAGAUAGAUGAUUAUUUUUUAUAUAAAAGCAAGACAAAUGAAUAAGCAAAAAGGCAAUACCAAUAACUCCAUUUGCCCCAAAUUGAUGAGUGCCUGAUUCCACCAUGUAGUGACCCAUAUUCUUUGAUUGUGUACUUUUCUAUAAAUGUGUGUUGUUGGGGGGUUUUUUUUCGAAGUAUUUUUCAAACUUUUUUGUUCUUCUGACCUUUAAAGCAUUGGUUGCCAGUAAAGUGAAGAUUCUUUUACUUUAUAGAGAAUGCGGAGUUGUUUUAUAAACUGGAGUGCAAGUUCAUUUCGCUGGUCGGUGAACUCAGCACUGCUUCUUUGAACAUUCAUUGAUGGGUUAAAAGGUAAAGAAA